CCAACUGCAUACUCCACUCUAGGAUGGACAAUGAUCACCAACUGCAUAUCCCACCCCACUCAGGGCUGGGUCAUGACAACUGUAUACCCUGCUCUGGGGUGGGCUAUGAGUGCUUACUGCAUACCCCACUUUGGGAUGGGCCACGAGUGCCGACUGCAUACCCUGCUCUGUGCAAUGAGCACCGACUGCAUACCCCGCUCUGGGCUGCAUCUAACGGGACCUGGACUGACAUCCUGGAGCUGCAGUUUCUCCCCCUUCACCCACUUGUUGUGGGGGUUUUCCCAGGCCUGGCCCCACUUGGUGCUCGGCACAGAUCUGCGAAGGGGGUAAGCAUGGGGCUCGGCGGCUCUCCUGAGCUGUGUGACCCCGGGAAGUUUCCUCGACGUCUCUGUGCCACAGUUUCUUCAUCUGUCGGUGGAGGCGGCACCAGCACUUGUGUUGCGGGGGAGGAAAUGAGGGGCCGUGUGCAAAAGGCCCCUGUGCCUCAGACGCAGCCUCGUUAUUAUUAUCCCCAUCGUUGUUGUUUCUGUGGAAGUGGCAAUGGGGGGAGCCCACGAGGGACCCAUUUCCCAGACGGUGCCCGGAUGCCCUGGAGCCCGGGCCUGCGUGCUCGUCGCCCGAGGCCGGCCCACCAGCAGCCGUUGAUGCUGUAACCUCGCAUUUCACAAGCCCCCAAUCAGGGCCGGGGGCCGGACAUGGGGGGAGUGGAUCCCGGAGGGAAGGGGCUGCUGGUGCCCCCUCCGCCGGCUUCAUAAUCCCAACCGCAGGCCGGCCCGGCAUUCCGGCACAGGCGGAGCAGGAUGCUGGGAGCCGCCACCCCCGCCGUCCUCCUGGCCUGCACCUUGGCCCUGGGAGCCCCGGCCUUCGCAGGGACCCUGCGAGCCGGGAUCGUGGGGGGCUAUGAGGUGGCAUCCCACUCGCGGCCCUACAUGGCGUCGCUGCAGCUGGGCGAGGAGCACGUCUGUGGGGGCGUCCUGGUGCGGCCACGCUGGGUGCUGACGGCCGCGCACUGCGAGGUGGCCGGGAACCUCAGCGCCUUCCGGGUGGUCCUGGGGGCGCAUGCCCUGCACAGGCCUGAGCCCACCCAGCAGGACUUCGCGCUGGCGCGGGCCGUGCCAUACCCGCUGUACGAUGCCCGGACUGACACCCAUGACCUGCAGCUGCUCAAGCUCAACGCCUCGGCGCGGCUCAGCCCCUCCGUCCGCCCCACGCCCCUGCCCGGCCGGAACCGUGCCCUGCGCCCCGGGCUGCAGUGCCGGGUGAUGGGCUGGGGGGACAUCACCGGCCACUCCACGCCCCCAGCCGCGCUCAUGGAGGCCACCGUGGUCAUCGAGCCCCGGGCCGCCUGCAACACGUCCUGGAGGGGGGCCCUGACGCAGGACAUGCUCUGCGCCUCGGCCCGCACGGGGGGCCGCCGGGGCGUGUGUGGGGGCGACUCCGGAGGGCCCCUGUUCUGCGGGCAGCGUCUGCACGGCGUGGUGUCCUUCUCCUCCACACUGUGCGGGGACCCCCGCUUCCCAGACGUCUACACCCGCGUCUCCACUUACGUGUCCUGGAUCAGAGACGUGCUGCAGCACUACUGACGGCCGUGCGGCCAGACGCCCCUCCGAGGCAGCCUGGCGCCUCCGACCCGGUCUCCUUGGGGCUGCCGCCCUUCAAACGCCCCCGUGGCUCCCCAGUGCCCGCGGGAGGAGCCCCCCGCCUCUCCCCCAAACAUUCAAGGCCCCAAAUGACCCACCCCGUUGACCUUCGACCUCUUGGGUCCCCGGAGCCCCCCCUCCUGCUCUGACCCCCUCCUGGGCUCCCCAUGUCAGGCGGGAGCUGCCUCCUCCGGAAGCCCUCCCUGACCUCCAUGGCGGAUCACACACGCCAUCAGUGGGGGCAGCCAUGGGUCCUGUUUCCAUGACAACGACAAUAAAAACCGGGGUUCGUUGACAA